GCCACCGUUCGCCAGAAGAUGCGAUCAGUUGUUGCGGAGACGAGCAGCUGACCAGAUCAAUAUGAGACCAUUCCAAGCAGCCUGUAUCUUAGUGGCCGCCCUACUGCUCCUGGAGUCAGCCCCCACGGAGGCGAAGCGGCGCAAGCACAAGGGCUCUGAUCACCACCACGAUCACGACAAGUCCGAUCCCCACAAGACCAAGACCAAGACCAAGUGGUCCACCUCCACGGACCUGGCCGGCAACAGCCAGGUGUCCACCGAGGAGCACGGCUACUACGUAAAGCGCACCUACGGAGCGGCCGGGGAUAAUGGAGUUGCCAAGAAGAGGAUGAGUCCUCCUUACCUGGCCAUACCCAUCGCCUGGUUCAGCUGUCAGCCUGGCCAGAAGGACUGCCAGACCGCCAACUCGGCAGCCAUCAAUAGUGCCGCCCAGUCCCUGAGCGAGGGUUAUCUGUGCGACGACGAUUGCCAGGACCUGUACGAUCCCAUCUGCGGCAAGACAUCCUCCGAAGUGGCAGUCUUCUACAACAGGUGCAAGCUGGGCGUGGCCAAGUGCCGCUCCCACGGCCUGUGGGCAGACUACUCCUACGCCGAGUGCCAGGAGAAGUAUCCCCAGGAGACUGCCCAUGCCGACAGCAAGUUCCGGGCUUCCCCUUACUUCCGGGAUGCUGCUCUUGUUGAGCAGCAGAGGCUGGAGGAGGAGAAAAAGAAGAUAGAAGAGGAGAAGCAGAGGCUAGAGAAGGAGCAGAAGAAGCGAGAAAAGGCUGAGAAGAAAAAGAAGGAAAAGGAUAGCGGCGAGAGCAGCGAGGAGCAGGAGGAUCCCAAGCAAAAGGUGGAGGAACCCUUGACCCUGCAGAAGCCUGUGGAGACUCCCAUGUCCCCAGUCCCAGUCUCCGUCCCAGUCCCAGCCCCUAUUCCCGUGGUUGUCCCAGUUUCAGUGCCCGCAAAGACACCCGAGGAGAUCGCCCUGCCUCCCAUGCCCUUGAAGGACACUCCCACACCCAAGCCUCUGGAGAUCGCUCCCCUAAAGGAGCAGGCCCAACCCAAGGCCAACAACAAUGAAAGGCUCAAGUAUUCUGUAGCUUAGAAUAGAUUAAAUGGAAUCUCACUUAUAAAAUAUUAUUUAUUUUAAUUUAUUACAAUAAAAACAAAUAGCAAAUAAUAAA